UUGUUAUCAAGCAAAUAAGUGUUAGUUAUUAAUAUUUUACAGGAUUAAGCGCUAAAAAUUAGCCAAUAACAAUAAAAAUGCCUCCGUUGGAGGUAACAGCGAAUACCAACAACGAUGAAUCGGCGCCCAUAAACCCAGUCGUCGGAAUAAUCUAUCCUCCGCCGGAGGUUAGAAAUAUCGUCGACAAAACCGCCAGUUUCGUCGCGAGAAAUGGACCCGAAUUCGAAGCACGUAUCAGACAAAACGAGCUCGGCAAUCCCAAAUUCAACUUCCUCAAUGGCGGUGAUCCCUAUCACGCCUACUACCAACACAAAGUGAAGGAUUUCAGAGAGGGAAAAGGCCACGAACCGACUCCGGGCUUGAACCAAGCCAUUGCGAAACUUUCGGUGAGCGCUUCCGCACAGCAAAAGCAACAGGAGAUAUUGAAGCAAGUCGAGCAGCCUUUCGUUCCGAAAGAUCCGCCGGCCGAAUUCGAGUUUAUAGCGGAUCCCCCGUCGAUUUCAGCUUUAGAUUUGGAUAUCGUUAAGCUUACGGCCCAAUUUGUAGCGAGAAACGGUCGAGCUUUUCUAACGCAACUGAUGAACAGAGAACAGAGGAACUUCCAAUUCGAUUUUUUGAGACCGCAACAUUCGCUUUUUCAAUAUUUCACCAAGCUUUUGGAACAGUACACCAAGGUGCUCAUUCCGCCGAAGAGCAUGGAACAAAGGCUCAGAGACGAGGCGAAAAGCGCCAAAGCCGUACUCGAGCAGGUCAAAUACAGGGCCGAAUGGUUGCGGUAUCAAGAACAGCAAAAGGCCAAAGAGGAGGAGAUACUCGAAAGAGAAAGAGUGGCUUACGCGCAAAUAGACUGGCACGAUUUCGUCGUUGUCGAAACCGUCGAUUAUCAACCGUUCGAAAUCGGCAAUUUCCCGCCGCCCACGACCCCCGAAGAGGUCGGCGCGCGCAUUCUCAUCCAAGAGAGGAUCGAAGAGGGCGAAGACAUCGAAAUGCAAUUGGAAAGCGACGAAGACGACGAUCCCUCCAACGCGGACGACGGUUUGAGCGCCAUGCAGGAUAAGACGAAGCGCAAGGGAGGCGGCGACGACAACCGUCUGCAGGACAUGGAAGAGGACACCUCCGAUGAAGACAACGACGACGAAUCCGGUAAAACUUCGACUUCAUCUUCGCUCAUCCAGCCGCCGUUGCCGCCCGUGCCCGAUAAAGUACUCGUCAAAAAAUACGAUCCCAAACAAGCCGUGAAAGUAUCGAGGCCGACAGUAGGCGACGAUUAUCUAGUAUCGCCCAUCACCGGCGAGAAGAUACCGGCCAGUAAAGUACAGGAGCACAUGCGCAUCGGGCUGUUGGACCCGCGAUGGGUCGAGCAACGCGACAAACAAAUGUCCGACAAGAUGAACCAAGACAUGGUGUACGCCGCAGGGAGCGCCAUCGACGCUUCGUUGAAGUUGCUGGCCGAAAGGCGUACGGACAUAUUCGGCGUGGGCGACGAGGAGACGGCGAUCGGUAAGAAAAUCGGCGAGGAGGACGUGCGCAAGGACGAGAAAGUGACGUGGGACGGGCACACGAGCAGCGUGGAGGCGGCGACGAGGGCGGCGCGCGCCAACAUCACCUUGGAGGAGCAGAUACAUCAGAUACAUAAAGUGAAAGGUCUCCUACCCGACGAAGAGAAGGAGAAGAUCGGUCCGAAGAAUAUCGGUUCGAAGAAGAUUAACAUCCAAAGCGUUAUCACUACGAAACCGCCGAAUCCCUCUACGCAGCAAUCCAAACAGUCGAUUUCGAUGAUGCAAACGAGCGCCCAGCCGAUCAUGCCGGUUCCGGCGCAACCGACGAUGAUGGCGCCGCAACCGUCCAUUAUGAUGAUGCCGGCCCCUCCGAUGCCCGCCAUACGACCGCCGCCGCUCAUGAUGGCCGGUGGUGUGGCGAUGGGCGGCUAUCCGGUGGGACCGAUGCCCGGCGGGCCGCCGGGUCCCGGCAUGAACAUGGCCCCCAUGAAGCAUCCCAGCGACGGGCCCAGCGAGGACGAGCCGAGCAACAAGAAAUUGAGAAACGAGGAUUCGUUGGUGCCGGAGAACGUGUUUUUGUCCAGAAAUCCGAGUCAAGUGUCUAUCAAGAUUUCGGUGCCUGUGAUGCCGGAGAAAUCGGAAUGGAGGUUGAAGGGCCAAAUGGUAUCGUGGACGUUGGCGUUGACGGAGUCGGUGUCGAAUCUGAAGGCCAAAAUCCAGGAGGAAACGAACAUGCCGCCGGCCAAACAGAAAUUAUUCUUCGACGGAAUGUUCUUCAAGGAUUCCAACACGUUGGCUUACUACAAUGUGACGCAAGGAGCGGUCAUUCAGUUGCAAAUCAAAGAAAGAGGUGGAAGGAAGAAAUGAGUGUACACACUUUGGUUGUUUUUUUUUGUCUCGCAGCAAUUUAAUCAUCCGUUUUCGAGAAAUAUAUUCGACCAGCCGCAACAAUCAACAUCAUCAUCGUCGUUGCUCUCGUUGAUUUUAUCAGUAAAGAAUUUACCGUGCCCUUCGCGUAUUUCGCUAUUGUCUAGGCACGAUGUAUCGAUAUCGGCGUAAUCCGUGGUGAUGUUGUUGUAUUUUAAAAAUAAAUCUAGUUCGAACAAACGAGGUUUAAUGUGGAAAUGGUCCUGUAGAAAUUCCAGCACCUCGCUGAAUGUUUUUAAAUUAUUAAAGACGCGCCGUCGAUUCCUUGGCAACAGUUUCUCCAACAUGAACACUAAAUGAUGGUGGAACACUUGGAAUGUAAGAUUGAAAGGUUUCUCUUUAAUCGCACCGACGACGGAUUUUCUUCGUUCCCUCUCGUAAUUAUCCAACGAUAUGGUACUGUUGUAGCAAAUAUCUAACCAGUUUUGUACGCAGUCGAUCGUCGUCCUCGAACUACCCGAAAACAUCGUAGGAUUACUCAAUAUGCCGUUGGCCACCAUAAUUCCUCUGCAUCCCGUGUACUCGCUCAAUUCGAUGCAAUCCUCGAGGCUCGUGGCGCCCCCGUUGGCUAUUACCGGAACGUCGCAAUUUU